AUGAGCUCCCGAGCAUUCCACUGGCCGCGGACUGCCCCGUCCGCUCUAGCAAAGCGACAUGUCGCUUGUACAAAAGAACCCGCGGUGAUCCGCCCGGCACAAUCAUUGCAAAUUCGUGCCCAACAGCAUGCGGAGUUCUCGAAUACUACCCAGAAUCAUGAACGACUGGGGCACCGUGCAAAGGAGAAGCUGCUCGAUAAGGAAUUCUUUCUGAGUCUGUUGAGCUCCGCCUCGACCAAGCGAGAAGCAAAAUCGUAUUUGUCUCGCUUCAAAAAUAGCCCGCCGAACGGAGCUUCAGAGCCAGCGAGCGAGCCGCCCAAAGAGCCGUCACCAGAAUCAUUGCCAUCCGGUGUGAAUCUUGGGUCUUUCUAUGGCGCUUCUCGAGCCGUGUAUGAUAGCCCUGUGUUUCGGCAGAAUACCACACCCGCCCCCCGCGAGCGAGAACCGUCGGAAAGUCUACAUCUAGCCUUGGUUAAGAUCACUACCCCACAGUCACUCGAUGACGACACUCUCAGUGGUGUGGCGAAGACGCUGUCGCAACUCGUGCGCCUGGGAAUGGCGUGUUGUGUGGUAGUCGACCCGGGAAAUGUAGAUGGCGCGGCUGCAAUGCGACAAGUUGCAAUUGAACAGGCUAAUCGGCUAUCUACCGCAGUUGACGAGCAGCCGGACUCUAAAUCAUUCCGUCUCGACUCGGCUCUGUCUCUGUCCGAAAGGGGUCCGGGCCAUCCGACGGUGAUGUCUCGAAAAGGGCUUCUAAGUCGACUCCGGGCUGGGCAUGUCGUGAUUGUCACGCCAAUUGCGUACAUGGAGGAGAAUCCGAGGGCCGUGUCGGUAUCUGCGAAUGAUGCUGUCAUGGCGCUCACUAAGGAAUUCGCCGGACUCUCUACUGAUCCAGACCCAGAUGAGGACCCGGCCGUCACAGCGGAAAGAAUCAGCAAUUUACAGAAGGAGGUCUCUCUAGAUCGGGUGAUCCUACUUCAUCCCCUCGGAGGAAUCCCCGCAUUCAGAGGUCCACAGACAUCUCAUGUCUUCAUCAAUAUGGAGCAAGAGUUUGACGACAUCAAUGAAGAGCUGCUUGAUACGCGCAGCGCCCUCGGAGGAGAAGGAAGCACCACAAGCAGCAGAGACGAAGGACCGGCCUCCGCGAUCCUGCACAGCAAUCCCUUUUCCAAAUUUGUGGACCAGGAGGUGAUAUCCCCGCUGCCAAGCCACUCGCAUAAGCUCCCAGGCUCCAAGACAAUGAGCUAUGUGAUUGACGGGCAUCUGGAAAACCUCCGCCUCUCGCAACAAACACUCGCGAUGCUCCCAUCCGCCUCCUCGGGCAUCAUCACGUCCCCACAAGAAGUCGCCAACUCCGCCCGCGCCCCCCAGGAAGUGGCAUCCGACGUGUCCGCCGUUGGAACUCGGCGCCAGCGCAACCCUCUCAUCCACAAUCUCCUCACCGACAAACCUCUCCUCUCAUCCUCGCUUCCCCCCGGACGCCGCGGCACCAUUAAUGGCUGUGCAAGCGCAAUAAGCCAUCUUCCCUCGCAUACCACCUUUGUCAAGCGCGGCAUGCCCCUCACAAUCCUCCCGAACCCACACGUGCAGAUGUGGACAGCCCAAGGCCAGUCCCGCCUCCAAUUAAACGACCCCUCUAUUGACCUCCCCCGCCUCGUCCACUUGAUCGAAGACUCUUUCGACCGCAAACUCGACAUCCAGAACUAUCUGGAGCGUGUGAACGACCGCAUCGCUGGCCUCAUCAUCGCGGGCGAAUACGAAGGUGGCGCCAUCCUCACCUGGGAAGCGCCACCGGGCGUGGUUGACGAUGGUAGCAAAGCCAGCGCCGCCCGCCUGGUGCCAUACUUGGACAAAUUCGCCGUGCUGAAGCGCAGUCAGGGCGCAGGCGGCGUCGCCGACAUUGUCUUCAACGCGAUGGUACGCACAUGUUUCCCCGAUGGAGUUUGCUGGCGCAGCCGCAAAGAUAACCCGGUGAAUAAGUGGUAUUUUGAGCGGUCGAGUGGGACGUGGAAGUUAUCGGAUAGUAAUUGGACUAUGUUUUGGACGACGCCUGGGUUGGUGGAGGAUACUCGGCGGUUCCAGGACUAUGAGGCUUUGACCGCCCGCAACCAACGCAUCUCUCCUUCUCCUCCAUGGCGCCAUGACACGAUGCCCAUCUGCAUCGAAUGCUCGUACCCGGUCUCGCACCUGUACAGCGCCUACAGUCGCGCCGAUGAUCGCUCCCAGGGCAAAGGUGUGCGAUUGACGCAGUGCCCGCGCUGCCAGCGGUUCGCCGACAAAUAUGUCGAGUACGACUUUGUCGUGAUCUUUAUUGACCUGGUGCUCAUCAAGCCGCAGGUGUACCGGCAUCUUCUGUUCAAUCGGCUUGGACGCGAUGAUAAUCGAUUUGAUCGAUCGAUCAUUCGUCUUGGCAUCCUCUUACUUCUUUUCGACGUCUACCUGACCUGGGCCCGUCUCGAGAAAGACCCCUCUCUCGCAACAACCUUCAUCUCGCGCGCCCCAAUCGUCAUCCAAUACCUCUUCUUCCUCACCCUGAACGCCGCCACCACGCUCGCGCACCACCUCACAGUCCGCCUCCUAGCCUCAAUCCUAGUCCCGAAGUCCCAUCGCUAUGGCGCGCCAGAAACAUCCACCCAGCCCAGCACGGCGGCUGGCACUGGCGAAACAACCCCCUUCCCCUCUGGCCCUCCCACCCCAACAAUCCGGCCCUCGCCUCCGUCGCAGGCUACACAGGCAGCGCAGCAGCUAAGCUCUAUCGGCCUCCCGGCUGCGAAACUCACGCCCAACCCUGCCUUCCUCAGCGACACGACCUCGCCGCCAGACCCAUCCCCAAUUCCACAAGCACCAUCCACAGCACCGCAACGCCCACCACCACCCCUCCGCCGCACAUCAACAGCCCCAAUCCAAAACAUCCAACCUCUCCCCCCACCCACAGCCGCCAGCCCAACAGCAAUAAGCACUGCCCUCCUUGUCAGCAGCUGUGCAAAGCUCUUCCCCAUUCUCCUCGUGAUCUGGGGCGCCGACGGCAGCGGCAACAGUACCAGCACCAGCGCGGCCGAGAGCGCCUUCCGCAAAGAUCUCGGCGCGUCCAAGGCCGCGCUUUCGUCGGCCCGGGACGCCGCGUCUUCGCCGUCUUUCCUGGAGUCGUACCUUGCGGCAGCAGAGUCGCUGCUGCGUCCGUACCUGCCAACGCGGUAUGUUACGGGGCUGUUUGAGUUGCUGGCGUCCCUGCUAUCACUGGGCGUUGUGGAUGCGCAUCUGGUGCUGCUGAGCAAUAUCGAGGCGCUCUAUAUCUUGCUUGGGUGUGGGUAUUUGCGGUCUGUGGCUGUUGCGGUUGCAGGGCAGGUUGCGCGGUGGGCGGUGCAAAGGAUUAUUCUAGGGGCUGUUGGGGUUGGAUAG